UCUCUGUAGGAUCUCUCUGCAGUUUACUCUCCAGUUCACUUGACCCCGUCCAGUGCCCCCCUCCACUCUCCCGCCGAUGAGGUCGCCGCGCCUCCGCCGCAACCCGCCGCCGGCGACGGCGGCGGCGGCGGCGCCUGCCCCGGAUCAGUUCCGCCCCGGAGACCUGGUGGAAGUGCUCCCCGACGAGCCCGGAUACCGCGGGGCCCACUUCCCCGCCUCCGUCACGGCCUCCCACGCUAACCCUCGCGGCUACACCGUCGCCUACGACGGCUCCGGCUGCCCGCUCGGGGAGGUCGUCGCGGCGUCCCAGCUACGCCCGCGCCCGCCCGACGCGCCGCGCGGCGUGCCACCGGCGGAGCACGCCGUCGUGGAUGCGUUCAAGGGCGGGGCGUGGUGGGUCGGGGUCGCCCUCGGGGGGGGGCGAGCGGCGGCGGGCGGGAGGGUCGCGGUGUGCUUCCCGGAGACGAGGGAGGUGGUGGAGUUCGACGCCGCCGACGUCCGCCCCCACCUCGAGUGGGUCGCCGGCGAGUGGCUCUCCCCGGAGAAUAUGGGGAUAUCUAAGACAAUGCCAUAUAAGAAAGGAACACAGGUGGAAGUUGCCAAGUUAGAAGGCAAUUCUGUUGUUGCUUGGUUCUCUGCAGCUGUGGAGAAGGCUAUCUGGAAGAACAGUCUUUUAGUGGAUUACAAUUGUUCAAAGAAUGAUGGUAGUGUGUUGCCCAAGGAGAUUGUUGAUCUGAAGCAUAUCAGGCCUCACCCGCAACAUGCAUCAGCUAUUAUUUUCUGCAUCAAUGAUGAGGUUGAAGGCUUCCAAGGCAAUGGUUGGUGGCUAGGGGUGAUUACUGAUGUUCAUCCUGAAUUUAGAUAUACAUUUAAGGCAGCACACUCAGGAAAGGAGAUUCAAUUGGACCAAAAGGCACUUAGACUUCGGUAUGACUGGACCCAUGAUCAGUGGCAACAAGUUACACAGAAUGUGACAAAAAAAUUUGCCAAAGGCAGCAAGGUCGAAGUCACCAGUAAUGAUGAUGGUUUUCAUGGAGCUUGGUUCCAGGGGACUGCUCUAAAAUAUGUUAACAACAAGAUUUUAGUGGAAUAUGACGCAUUGAAGGCUGAUGAUGAAAUCACUCCUUUGACAGAAGCCAUAGAAGUGCAGCACGUCAGACCCUGUCCUCCAGAUAUCCCUGUAACCAGUGGAUUCAAUUUACUUGAUGAAGUUGAUGCUUGUUGGAAUGAUGGAUGGUGGGUUGGUGUGAUAUCCAAGGUUAACAGUGGUGACAGGUACAUGGUAUACUUCAGGUCUUCUACAGAAGAGACUGAGUUCGGGCAUGAACAGUUAAGGCUUCACUGCGAUUGGGUGGGUGGAAGGUGGAUGCGGGCUUCGCUGGGAUUGGAGGCAUAAGGCUUACGAGGUGCACGCACAAUUUUGUGCAGAAGUGUGGGUUAGUACCCAAAAGAAUGUGCUUCGCUAACAUCAUCCUUGUUAUUGAAGUUGUCUGAUAGUACAUAGAAAGUUGUCUGAAUGACCUUUCUUCGUCUGCAACUCCACCAGCAGUUGAUCUGAAUGUUUGUCAAUGGGAGAUCCUCAGCGUCACUAAUAAGCUUUGGCAUUUUCUGUAGAUCUGAACAUGCUUCUAUAAUAACUGACUUUGGGGAACAGAAAUUCUAAUUUAGGGUGACAUAACUCUUAUUUCAUGACUACAUGAGCAUAUGCUUUCUAUGUUUGAGAUA